AUGCGGUUCGUGUUUCUGAGUGUGCUCUGCACUCUCUUGUUGCUGGGGACGAUAUCAUCGGCCUGGCCAUGGCGGCCCUAUGGGGCAUUGUUGGAUGGUGACUCUUUGAAUAAGCGUGCAGCAACUGCCGAAGAGACAGCGACUGCCGAAACAUCGGAAGCUACCAAAGCUGCCCAAACUGCCUCCGAGACUGGCUCCGAGACUGCUUCCGAAACUGAUACCGGCUCUGCCACCGACUCUGCCACCGAGACUGCCACUGGAACCGCUACUGGAACCGCUACUGGAACCGCUACCGAAACCGAGACUGGCACAAACACAGACACCAGAACAGGCACUGGGACCGAUUCCGAGACGGCUACCGGCAAGACAACUGGCACACAGACGGGAAAACCCAAGACCACUGCUACCACCUCGAUUUCCAUUGACCCUGCUGCCGCUGCCGGAGGUGUGUCCAUGAUCACCCCCGCUUCCUCGUCCACCACCUACUAUAAGAUUGGUCAGGAUGUGACAUUCGUGUGGAACUAUACCUCGCUGUCAGUCACACCGUCUGCGGUGAACGUUAUCGCUACAUGCAGUCUCAAUUCGAUGAAAUACACGCUUACCUCCAACAUGACCGUGGAGCAAACCGGAAGGGUGGUGUGGGAUACCAACAAGUAUCAAUCCUCGGCCACCAUUCCCUUGCUUACUGCGUCGUAUACUUUGAUUAUUUAUGAUGCCAGCAAGGAAAUCGGUGACCCGGCCACCGCAGGACACUUGAGCUCUCAGAACGGCGGCUACGCCUUCGGAAUGUACACUCCUCAGCCUUACACUCCACUUGGUGAAUUCAUGUGCGCCACCUGCAACAGCGCCUUGUCCGAGACGAGUCGCCAAGCCCUUAAGUUCACCUUCGGUAUGGCCGUGAUCACAUUCGCUUCAUUCACCUGGUUUGCAGGCAGUGCUGGUCUCUUCGCCCUCUGA